AUGGCAGAACCCAGCAUUUCAGGGGCUCAGCAUGAGUUUAACUGUUCAGUCUGUCUGAAUCUACUGAAAGACGCAGUGGCCCUGACCUGUGGACACAGUUACUGUAUGAGCUGCAUUAUAGACUACUGGGAUCAGGAUGAUCAGAAGAGAGUCUACAGCUGCCCUCAGUGCAGACAGACCUUCACUCCAAGACCUGGUUUAGGUAAAAACACCAUGCUGGCUGAAGUGCUGGCGAAACUCAAGAAGACAAAACUACAAGCUGCUCUUCCUGCUCAGUGUUACUCUGGAUCUGGAGAUAUGGAGUGUGAUGUCUGUACUGGGGACAAAAAUAAAGCCAUCAAGUCCUGUCUGGUGUGUCUGGAAUCUUAUUGUCAAACCCAUUUUGAACGUCAUGAAGAAUUUCACUCUGGAAAGCGACACAAAAUGACUGAUGCCACUACACGACUACAGGAGAUGAUCUGCCCUCAACAUGACAAACUGCUGGAGAUUUUCUGUCGUACUGACCAGAGCUGUGUAUGUUAUAUGUGUAUGGUGGAUGAACACAAAAACCACAACACUGUAUCAGCUGCUGCAGAGAGGACUGAGAAACAGAGACAUCUGGAGGAGACCCAGAGAACAAACCAGCAGAGAAUCCAGGAGAGACAGAAGGAGCUUGAGGAGCUGAGAGAGGCUGUAGAGUCUCACAAGCGCUCUGCACAGACAGCAGUGGAGGACAGUGAGAGGAUCUUUACUGAUCUGAUCCGCUCCAUUGAGAGAAGCCGCUCUGAGGUGACACAGCUGAUCAGAGAUCAGGAAAAUGCUGCAGUGAGUCGAGCUGAAGGACAACUGGAGCAACUGGAGCAGGAGAUUGAAGAUCUGAGGAGGAGAGACGCUGAGCUGGAGCAGCUUUCACACACAGACCAUCACAUCCAUUUCCUCCAGAGUUUCCAGUCUCUCUCUGUCCCUCCUGGAUCUACAGACUCACCAAACAUCACUGUCAGUUCUUGUCUCUCUUUUGAUGAUGUUGAAAAAUCUGUAUUUAAUCUGAGAGAGAAACUAAAGUAUUUCUGCCGAGAGGAGAUAGAAAUGUUAUCUGGUAGAGUGAGAAACAUCAACAUCAUUCCCACCUCUGAACCCGAGACCCGUGAGGACUUCCUCCAGUAUUCCCGUCAGCUCACUUUGGAUCCAAAUACAGUGAAUAAAAACCUGUUACCAGCUGAAGAGAACAGAGUGAUUAAAUACACUCGUGAGGAACAGCCAUAUGCUGAUCAUCCAGACAGAUUUGAUGGUCUUCCUCAGGUGUUGUGUAGAGAGAGAGUGUGUGGACGCUGUUACUGGGAGGGGGAGUGGAGUGGUUGGGUGGGUAUAUCAGUGUCAUAUAAGAGCAUCAGCAGGAAGGGAUGGGGAAAGGAGUGUGAGUUUGGGUGUAAUGAUCAGUCCUGGAGUUUGUACUGCUCUGACUCAAGCUGCUCAUUCUGGCACAAUAACAAACAAACUAAGCUCCCUAGAGUCUCCAGCUCCUCUAGAAUAGGAGUGUGUGUGGAUCACGGUGCAGGAACUCUGUCCUUCUACAGCGUCUCUGACACAAUGACCCUCAUUCACAGAGUCCACACCACAUUCACUCAGCCUCUCUAUGCUGGAUUUUGGGCUAACAAAUUUUUCACAGGACUAAUGUUUUUCUUUUCAAAAGUGACACUCUGUGAUCUAACAAUAUAA